AUGUUUGUCAAACAAGCGUCGUUGCCUUGGCUGCUCUCCACAAUUGUUGUUCUGGCCAGUCUGGGAAGGGUUAGUGCGGAGGAGAAACCGUGCACCGCUCGAGCGAAUGGAAACUACUAUGACCUGAGCAGGUUAUCGGCGAAAAAGGACUACGAGUUCACGUCCCCGACCGGUGGGGAAUACAUCCUAAAUGUGUGUAAACCCGUCUCGCAAGAGGUAUGGGCCCCGAAGGUGGAUAAGCCCGAGGACGUCGCGGCUUUUACGCACCGUGCACAUGGGGACUUUUCACUGGGGGACGUGAACACCACCGUGUUCGUCCGGGAUGGCCAUCCCGUGAUUACUAUGACGGACGGGACGCGCUGCUCCGGCGAAGGAGACCAGACGGGUUCUACCGUCAUCCGUUUCAUUUGCGACAGCUACGCCGGAACAGGAGAACCGAAGUUAAUUGCGACCUUGCCCCCGGACGAGGAACACGCGUGUGCGUUCUUCGUCGAAUGGCGUACGGAGAUGGCGUGUCCAACGUCUGAGAGUGGUGCCUUUGGCCAAAUCGUCUCCAUCUUGGCGAUAGUGGCUGCGAUACUCUUCGCGCUGUACAUGCUCGGAGGAUUCGUGUACAACCGCUAUGUGCUCGAACUCCAAGGGCUCGACCAAAUCCCGCGGUUUUCAUUCUUUUCCUUCGGGGACACGCUCCAGUUUUUCCGGGAAUGCAUAGGACGCGUGAGGGACCGGUCUUCUGACGCAUGGCACUCGCGGGAGUUUGGAGGGCGCAGUUGGAGCAGCAGCCAGGGUGGGUCGUGGGGAAGCUCUGGAAGACACGGGUAUGGCGGUCUGGGAGGCACGCCGGAGGAGGGCCAAACUAUGCUGAGUGGACCCCCUGGCUUCCUGGACGAACAAGAUGAAGAAGACGAGGAGGCGGCUACUCCAAGAGGGGCGAGCGGCGGAAUGGACUCGAAUGGGGAUCAGAGCGCUGUUGCCAUCGAUGGGUAUGCCGGUGCGCUGCUGGGUACAGGGUCCUCCCAGUACUCCAUGUACCCGACAUCAGAGGACGAGCAGGGCUACCUCGUGUAUCCGUCCCAGCUCCAGGCUGGCUAUCAGCCUGUCAUCCAGCAGCAACACCCGCACCCUGGCCAUCCUCCUCGGCAAAUGUCCGACAGCGACCUGCAGCAGGCGAUGCAGUAUCAGCGCACUAUCCAUAUGAUCCCCACCAACCAGCACUUCGCUUCGCCCCCAGGUGUUUUCCCUGCAGACACCUCCGGCGACGGCAUCUACCAUUCGCGGAACAGCAGCGCAACAGGCUCCCCCUCCUCCUCCCGUGCGAACAGCCUUGUACACCGCCAUCCCCUCCGCUACAAUCCCACCCCAUCACCCACUAGCUCCUCCGCCGGACGCCGAAGCCGAGGCCAGUCAAUUUCCGACGACGACGAAGGCAUGGGCGUAAACGUAGCCGAGAGUCUCGCGAACACGCGCAAGGAGGCGACGCGGCGGCAGAGAAUUGAGGCGGAGCAGCGCCGGAGGGACGAGCUUCGGGAUGGGUACGCGCGGUUGAAAGACGUGCUCCCGGUGUCGAACCAGAAGAGCAGCAAGGUCUCAUUGCUCGAGCGAGCUACGAACCACAUUAGCAGCUUGGAGAAGACGAAUCGCCAACUACAGCAGCGGCUGGCGCACCUGGAGUCAGAAGUGACGCGACUCCGCUCUCUGAACGAGAAGAUCUCCCUUGGAGUUAACAACACGCCCUCGCCAGGCGGGACGACCAUGGAGACUCGACCACUGUCUCCCCCGCCCGAGGGAUCCCCCGCUCAGCAUCAACUCACGUCGGUCGCCGGCCAAGAUCCACCCAUUGCAGAGUCGAGCCCGUCUGCCUCGGAGAGCGGCUAUUGA